AUUAACAGUUAUUUGAGUCUCUUCUCCUCCUCCAAAAGUGUGGCCUUUGUUACUUUGUAUCAAUUGCCAAGUCCCUCUGGCUUCGAUCCAAGAAGAAUGAGAGCCAGUAGAGCGACUCCGACUUCUCCCCCCAAACCCUCUGCGAUCAUCCCUAAAACCCUAAUCCCUUUCAUCCUCUUCUCCAUGCAAUCCACGGCCAUGUCCUACUCUUCCGGCGGCGGGCGGCGGCCAAAGAAGAAGGUCUACCACCGCGUCCCGGAGCUCGACAAGGCCAUGGACCUCCAGAAGAAGCCCGCCCUCCUCCUCCAUCUCCGCUCCAUCAUACUCUCCCACAAGAGCCGCUCGGUCCUCCUCCGCGACCUCGAGAAGGAGGUCGGCUUCGUCCAGAAGUGGAACUACCUCUCCCUCAUCCAGCGCCACCCUUCCGUCUUCAAGGUAUCCGGCGGCGGCGGCGCCCGGGUGCCCAUCUCCGUGAGGCUCACCGAGAAGGCCGAGAGGGUUUCCACCGAGGAGGCCGAAGCGAGAGCAUUGAUGGAGCCCAUCUUGGUGAGGAACCUUCGGAAGCUGCUGAUGAUGACGGUGGACUGCCAGAUCCCCAUGGAAAAGAUCGAGCUCAUAAAGUCGGAGCUCGGCUUGCCUGAAGAUUUCAAGGGUUGCCUGAUACCAAAGUACCCGGAGUAUUUCUCCGUCCGGAAUACCAACGGGGUGGACUAUCUCUAUCUCGAAAGCUGGGAUUCUUCGCUUGCUGUCACUGCCCGUGAAGAAAAAUUGGAUCUUGGAAGUGUCCAGAGUUCGACCAAGGUGAUUCCUAGAGAUGGUAAUUUCUCUGGCCCGUUUGCUUUUAAGUUGAAAUUUCCGGCUGGUUUCCGGCCGAACAAGCAUUACCUCGAGGAGAUGCUAAAAUGGCAGAAAAUGGCAUUCUCUUCUCCAUACUUGAAUCCGAGGAGGAUUGAGCCUGCGACACCGCAGGCGCGAAAACGGGCAGUUGCAGUGCUGCACGAGGUCCUGAGUUUGACUAUGGAAAAGAGGCUGACCUCCGAUAAAUUGGAUGCAUUUCAUAAUGAGUAUCGGCUGCCAUCAAAACUGUUGCUUUGCUUGGUCAAGAAUCAUGGGAUAUUCUACAUCACGAAUAAGGGGGCAAGAAGUACUGUUUUUCUUAAGGAAGCUUAUGAUGGACCCAACCUGAUUGAGAAAUGUCCUCUGUUAAGAUUUUAUGAUAUGUUUAUGGCACUAAUUGGCAGGACAUGCCCUGAUCGGAAUAAUGCUAUGGCGGUUUGAUGGGAUUUGAUAUCUCACUUGCACAAUUAACAUUGUUUCUUGUUCAAGUGAAGUGCUCCUCUCUUGUUGGUUCUGAGUAUGUCGAUUUUUCUGCUAAGUUUCCUGCCAAAUGUGGACAAACAUUGCAUUGAGUUGGUGAUAAAGUGGAUGAAAAUGGCCUUCCCCUCGCAAGUAUGACUGUAUCAGGAGAAUUGAGCCCAUAAAGCUGCAGGCCUGGAAAUGAUUGUUUAUAAUACUGCAGCAGCUCCUCAGUUUGACUGGGGAAAAGAGGCUGACAUCUGAUAAAUAGGUUGAGUUUGUUAAGGAGUGUCACUCUCCCUGCAAGCUGUUGCUUUGCUUGGUUAAGAAUCUUGGGAUUCUUUGCAUCAUAAUAAGGGAGCAUGGGGGUGUUACUGUUUUUCUUCUAAGGGAGCUUUUGAUGAACUCAAUCUGAUUCAGAAAUGUCUUCCAUGGAGUCUGCAUGAUAGUUUCUCGCAUUCAUUCGUAGGACAUGCUCUGAUUUGAGUAACGUGGCAAUAUUACAGAGUUUGAUUUGUUGAUUUUAUGACUGUAUGAUCUAUCAAGCUGAUGCCACAUGCUCCUCUCUUCUUUAGAUAUCCUGAAGAUGAACUCAACCAAUCAUGUUUGUUCUUCACUCAGGCAUAAGAGGCAGUGGAAAACUGGCAGGUAGGUAAUUUCAAUGUCAUGAAAAAAGUCUACUCUCUAGCUUGCAGCCCCCAGCUUUUUGAUUUGUAUGGAGUUGCUUUCUUUCUGCAGGCAUACAUAAUCUUUAAGUUGUUGAGAAAGCUGGUCACAUUCUUUCUUGAAAAGUGGAAUAUAAACGUUGUGACGGUGCAAGAUCACCACCAAAAAAAAAAAAAAAAAAACUUUUUUUUUUGUUUUGCAAGAUUUAGACCAAAACAGAAGGCCAUAUAACAAUAUUUAUUUAGACUUGCUUUGGAAGUUGAAGUGAGGAUAUGAAGCAAAUUUCAGAUAUGAGUACUUUAAUGCAAUCUGAAUUUAUUUCAGAUUUCUGUGAAGAAAUCAGCACAGAUAACAAAACUCUUAAUUGUAUCCACAAUGUUAGGCAAAUUCUGAAGCACAAGGAGGGGAAGAAGAAUAACAGAAAAGAAAAUUUAAUUUAUUUCAUUCAUCAUCUAAAACUAAUUUUACACAGUUUUGACUUUGGAAUGAGCCACAUCAUAUAAACCUUUCUAUACAGCACUUCAUAUCCUCUAGCCGGUGGGGCGGAGGUGGGAUUUCUGGCAACUCCUUUUUGUUAGUCUAAAUUUGAUCUAAGGACCGUACUAGUCUAAAGAAGUAGCUUUUAAUAUUCCAUAAUGAAGUAGUAGCAAAAUAUCUCCCCAUGUAGAUAAUAAAUACCUUCUGAAAAACAACUCCCUUUGAUACUAAGACAAACUUGGAACUUGGAAAAGGUAACUUCUUCUAAAUCUUUGAUAUUUUGAUGCUCUCGCUAAAAAUAUGUACAUCAUCUUUUCUAUGCUUGAGUUGGUCAUUAUAUGCAAGCAUGAUUAAAUCCCAUUUGGAUGUGGCAAAUACAAUUUUGAAGUGUAAGGCUAUACUCGAUUGUUUUCUUCCAAUACCUAAAGCAUGUAUAUUUUUUAUUGCAUGGAUAUUCCUAUACUAGCUUGGAUGAUUGUAAAUCUACUUCUAGUUUUGUUUGACAAUGUAACUGAAGACAGACAUAUGUUCCAUUCAAGGUUUUCACUUUCCAUUAUUGGAAUUGGCACCAGUACCAGUAGGUCGGUGGUACAGUAUGGUACAAUACCAUGCCAUGCUGUUCCAGCGUGAAUUGACAAGGGAGGGGGAGAUGGAGAAGGAGAG